AUGCACCGAGUAGACUUGAGGAAGUCCGUAACCGUCGCCGUCAAGCUCAAUGGGAUUUUCGAACCUGGAUUGCUGAAACAGAAUGGCUAUGGCUGUGUCUUGGAAUUAUUUAUCACCGCGUUCUCUGGAUGGAUCCGAAAACGAGGAGCUGCCGGGGGUCGAAAGCAGACGCCCGUCAGCGUGUCCAGCUGCAGCAGCGCAUCCGAAGCCCACGCCUCCUCGGCAUUUGGGAUUUGCGGUCCUAGCUGCCUGCAACGCAGACAGUCCAGUGCUCUGCUCUUUCCGAAAUAUAGGGCGUACCUUCGACACGCGCCAUCGCUGGCCAUUGUCGAUGGUCGUGUUCCAUCUCUUUCGGCUUUUCAUGCCGGUGUCCUAAGACAUCAAGGAUUUCACUCCUCCAUGGAUUCUGUGCAAUAUAACCCUCUUAACCCCAGCCUGCACCUUUCUCGAGGUACCAUUCCGUUGAACGCACGGGCCAGAUAUUCUGAGGCCCAUAUCGACAGACCUCCUUGUCCUUUCGGAGACCCGUCUCCGCGACAUGCGCCCGAUAGCGAUCCCCUGGCAUCGCCCACGGUCUCCGGAAUAAAUACGGUUACCUUUAGAUCAGAGCCGUCCGAGACAAUCAUAAAUAUCCGCCAUUAUGCAGCUCAAGAUCUAGCCACAUGCCGCAAAAUCAUCGUUAUGCUCGAAUUGACCCGAAUGCGCAAAGCCCGAAAAGGAAUAGGACAUUGGAUUCUUUUCUGGAGACAGAUCUACGACCCGGGCCUUGCCCAAGCAAUGACCAGAGCCGUUACUCUCGUGUUUCUAGAAGUAGAGCAACUUUUCCGUACAAUGGCACAACAAAUGUGUUUCAUAACCCGCAAUGUUGGCAAGCGAAUGGCACAUUUGCGAACUAUCCACGAAGCGAGAACCAUAUGGCGCCAGCUGGAACAGCAAAUCAUCUGGUUUAGAAAGGUAAGACGAUCUCGCGCGCAGAUUCUCUUUGAUAAAUUGAGACGUUGUCUGGAGAGCAUCCCCGUCGAUGUUCCCGAUCACCUUUUCGAUGACGUGAAACGAGGUAUUUUUGCGCUUGAUCCUUUCGGCGACUAUCAUCCAGGAGACUCCAUGGCCGAAGAAUGGGAUAAACACGCUGUCGGGAAAGAGUAUGCAGAAGUCUAUCUCAGGCAGCAGCCAGAUCUGCCUUCCAGGCCGGGGUUCAACGGUGAAUUCCAAGGAGCUCUCCAUGCAGCAUCCACGGGGCUUGAUUGGUUCAGCAACGAUGUUGGAAUGACGUGA